AUGGAGAGGCGCCGGCUGGCUGUAAAGGAUCAGCCCCUCGAGCAAACCUACGGCGAAGUGAACCAGCUGGGAGGCGUCUUUGUCAACGGGAGACCCCUGCCCAACGCCAUCCGCUUGAGGAUCGUGGAGCUGGCCCAGCUCGGGAUCCGACCCUGCGACAUCAGCCGCCAGCUGCGGGUCUCUCACGGCUGCGUGAGUAAAAUCCUGGCCCGCUACAACGAGACGGGCUCGAUCUUACCCGGAGCCAUCGGCGGGAGCAAGCCGCGGGUCACCACCCCCAACGUGGUGAAGCACAUCCGAGACUACAAGCAAGGCGACCCGGGGAUCUUCGCGUGGGAGAUCCGAGACCGGCUGCUGGCGGACGGGGUGUGUGACAAAUACAACGUGCCCUCCGUCAGCUCCAUCAGCAGGAUUUUACGGAACAAAAUCGGGAACCUCUCCCAGCCCAACCCCUACGACAGCACCAAGCAGCCUCCCCCCCAGCCAACGCUGCCCUAUAACCACAUUUACCAGUACCCCUACCCCAACCCCAUGGCCUCCUCUGGGACCAAAAUGGGCCAUCACCCGGGCGUGCCGGUCACAGCUGGACAUGUCAGUAUCCCCAGAUCCUGGCCCUCGGCGCAUUCGGUCAGCAACAUCCUCGGUAUCCGGACCUUCAUGGAGCAAACAGGGCCUCUGGCUGGGACAGAGGGGUCUGCCUACCCACCCAAAAUGGAAGACUGGCCUAGUGUGAACAGAACGGCCUUCCCUCCCGCCCAGGCAGCCAAUGGGAUUGAUAAAGCUGCAAUGGAAGCGGACAUUAAGUACCCCCAGCCUGCCCCUGGCCUUUCCAGCUUCCUCCCAGCCUGCGCCUACCCCUCUUCCAACCAGCACGGGGUUUACGCUGGCCCCGGGGCGGGCUACAUCACCCCCGGCCACCACUGGCAGGCGCAAAGCAGCCCCCUGGCGCACCACGGGCCCGGAGUGACGGUCCCCGGAGGAGAGCUGGGCACCGCCAUGGCCUUCAAGCAUCCCGCCCGAGAAGUUGUGGACAGAAAACCUUCCAGUCCUGUAGGCAAACCUCAAGAAACCCUAAAUAAUAUACAUGGACUUUCUAUCCCAGCCUCAUCUUCCUAG